UUGCAAGGAUGGACUGCGUUUGGCGGGCCAGCAGCUCACAUUGCUCUGUUCCAGAAGAUCUUCAUCGAGAGGCUCAACUGGAUGUCUCACUCGCUCUUCAUGGAGCUCUUCGCCCUCGGCCAGUGCCUGCCGGGACCGACCUCGACCCAGGUGUCAUUUGCUAUCGGAGUAGUCAAGAAAGGAAUCCUCGGAGGACUACUCUCUGGCAUGCUCUUCCAGUAUCCUGGACUGCUUAUGAUGUCAGUCAUCGGAUAUGCUGCUGAUCAAGUAGACUGGCAGAACGGAGCUCUGAAGGGUUUCGCGUCCGGUCUCGGAGCCGUUGGCGUCGCACUUGUGGCAGGAGCUGCGCUGACACUCUCGCAGAAGACAUGCCCAGACAGGGAGACGAGAAUUCUUAACCUCAUCGCGGCUGUCUUGGCCUACAUGUUCUCCAGCGCGUGGAUCUUCCCGUCGCUGAUUGCCUUCGGUGGACUUGUGACGUUGAUCAGAGAAAGAACGAGGAGACUUGAGGGAGGAGGGAGGAGGGAGGAAAGAGGGGAUGUAACCGACAGGCAGGUCACGGGAGCGAUUCUCCUCAUCGUGUGGAUUUCCGUUCUUGUCAUCGCUAUCGUCCUGCGAACCUCAGUAAUCAAAUAUGAAGGAUCAGGCCGCGUCCUAUGGUGGUUCGAAUCGUUCUAUCGCACAGGCUCCAUCAUCUUCGGAGGAGGGCAGGUGGUCCUGCCGCUGCUGGUGCAGGAGGUGGUCCACAACCCCAACGUCCAGAGUUGGAUGACGGAGGAGCAGUUCCUGGCGGGGCUCGGAAUUGCCCAGGCUAUGCCGGGCCCUCUCUUCAACAUCGCCGCGUACCUCGGAGCUCUCACGGCGUCUCAAGCUGGUGUCAACGCCAUCGUCGGGGUCUGCGCCACCUGGUUUGGCCUCUUCGGUCCUGGUGUUCUUGUCAUCUUCGGUACUCUGCCGUUCUGGGGAGUUUUCCGUAAGCAACCCGUCUAUCGCCGCGCCCUGCCUGGCAUGAACGCGGCAGCUGUUGGCCUCAUAGUCGCCGCUGUCUUCAGCCUCUACGAUAAAGUC